CGUACCUAGGGGCAUUGAGGCUGGAUUCACCAGCGGUUCUCACCCAUACCAGGAUGUCAAAGGGGAUGCGGCUGCUCAGAUGGGGAGGCCUGAUCUGCUGCUUUGGGAGAAAGAGGAGGAGCUCUGCAGAAGAGAUCUUCAGCUUCUCCAUCACCGACUGGGACCCCGGUGAGCUGGAGCGGGUGAGAAUGGAGGACUUCUCUCGCCUCUUCCCCGAUGACAUCAGCAUGGAUGGGGGCUGCACGGACAUUGAGGUGGUGGCCAUGGUUCACCGAAGAGAGGACGACGGGGACUUGCUAGAGGAGAUGGACCAACCUGGGGGAGGGGAGGAUGAAGGUGGAGGAGACAAUAACAGAGGUCCCCCGGGUGAUGACCAGGGUGGAGAGGCCCAUACCAUAUUGCACAGGCGUGCAGAAAAGCAGCAGGGGGCACUACAAGGCCCAGCAGACCAGAGACCUGGGCGGAGCACCGCCCGGGAACAGGAGCACCCCGGGAUCCUGAAAAGGCCAGUCAAUCAUGGAGAACAGGAGAGUUUGGCCCAGGAGGACAGGCAGCCUGAGACCCUAGAGGAACCAGUGGGUGCGGAUGAACAAGAGAGUGAUUCCAUGGCAAAAGGGGGCCACGCCAGGCUGGUGCCACCCACAGAUCAGGUCAAGGAGGUCCUCCUCCAAGCCUGCAGGCCCAAGAAGGCUCGCCUGCUCCUCCUCUCUGGACACCACCACAGAGGGCCUGCCGCAGUCUCCUUGAUGAUGUCCCUGGGGGGGCAGAAGAUUUUGUUGCGAUUUCCAGAGACCUGCCUGCUCUAAUCCGGCCUCUGCUAAUUCCUGAGCUGCUGGAUCUUCAAGCCAGAUCCCAGCCUCCCUGGGGUGGGACAAGGAAAACCACACGUGGGCAGCCAAGAAGCACGCCAGGCAAUCUGCCCCAGAACUCCCUCUCCUCACUCUGAGAAUGCCAAGGACUCCCAGCCUGAAGACGUAGGAAAGGUCCAUGCUCAGCCAGCAGACACCCCAGCAAACCUCCUGGCCCAGAUCUUAACCAACGCUCAGAAAAAUCAAACCACUGCAGUUUGCAAGCUGUUCAUCCGUCUGAUAGGUCCCCUUGCACGGUGACGGGGUGGGCAUUCUUCACAUGCCCUGUUCUGUCAUAGGGCCAUUGCCCCCAACAGGCAGUGGCCGUCCCUCUGCUAGGGGAUACUGUCACUUCCUUACGCAUCCAGCGUUGGCUUUCCCUGGCCCCGUAACCCAGCAAAUUGUGGCUACUGCGCUUCUACACCAGCUCUCCUGUUGGCCGCCAAGGCGCUCAUGGAGAGGAACCCCGUUUUUCUAGUCUCACGUGUUAGCAAGUAACGACUUGCCCGUUGUUCUAGUGCUGCUCGAGAGCACAAUGCACGGGCCUUGGCAGGCUUCUUCCA